AUAUAUAUAUGUAUGUAUGUAUAAUGAAUUGGAGUCUAUAUACAUGCAUACAUAUAUAUAUAUAUAUGUAUGCAGUCUGUUGCAAAGCCAAUUCAAAGCCCCACUGGGUGCCAAAAAUGGAGUCAUCAAGAAGAACCAGAAGAACACCUCAAGUAUUGCAGAUAGUUUCAGCAUUUGUUCUUCUGGUUUUAUGGAAUCCAAGCCAAGUUGAUAGCCGAGCGGCGCCGGCCCGGGGAUGCUUUGAGUACCCGGCGAUAAGCUGCAGAGCUCACACUGCGUCGUUGACCGAUUUCGGCGGCGUUGGCGACGGGGAAACCCUGAAUACGGCGGCGUUCAGGGCGGCGAUAGCCCAUCUCAGCCAGUUCGAAUCGGACGGCGGGUCGCUGCUCAUUGUGCCGGCGGGAAGGUGGUUGACCGGAAGCUUCAAUCUCACCAGCCAUUUCACUCUCUUUCUCGACAAGGAUGCUGUUCUUCUUGCUUCCCAGGAUGUGGAUGAAUGGCCGGUGAUCGAGCCACUGCCUUCGUAUGGCCGGGGAAGGGACACGGAAGGAGGAAGAUACAUCAGUCUCAUAUUUGGAACCAACCUCACUGAUGUUGUUCUAACAGGUGAGAAUGGCACGAUCGAUGGCCAGGGAGCUCUCUGGUGGGAUAAAUUCCAUGGCGGUGAGCUCAACUACACCAGGCCUUACCUCAUCGAGAUCAUGUACUCCGAGAACAUCCAAAUUUCCAAUCUUGCACUCGUUAAUUCCCCAUCCUGGAAUGUUCAUCCAGUUUACAGCAGCAAUGUCAUCGUUCAGGGCAUUACAAUUAUCGCGCCGGUUAGAUCUCCAAACACUGAUGGGAUCAAUCCAGACUCUUGCUCAAAUGUUCGAAUUGAGGACUGUUACAUAGUCUCGGGGGAUGACUGUGUGGCUGUGAAGAGCGGGUGGGAUGAGUAUGGGAUCGCGUUUGGGAUGCCAACUAAACAGGUAGUGAUCCGGAGGCUGACCUGCAUUUCCCCAACCAGCGCAGUGAUCGCACUAGGCAGCGAAAUGUCAGGUGGGAUCGAGGAUGUGAGGGCCGAGGACAUCCUGGCGAUCAAUUCAGAGUCCGGGGUGAGAAUCAAGACCGCAGUGGGAAGGGGAGGGUACGUGAAGGACAUAUACGUGAGAGGGAUGACAAUGCAGACGAUGAAGUAUGUGUUCUGGAUGACAGGAAACUACGGCUCCCACCCUGAUGACAAAUAUGACCCGAGCGCGCUGCCAGUGAUCGACAACAUCAACUACCGGGACAUGGUUGCCGAGAAUGUGACAAUGGCAGCCAGGUUUGAGGGGAUAGAAGGGGAUCCAUUCACUGGGAUAUGCAUUUCUAAUGUGACAAUUGAGCUUGGGAAAGGGGCUAAGAAGCUUGCGUGGAACUGUUCCAAUGUGGCUGGGAUUUCAAGUGGUGUGAUCCCAAAGCCUUGUGAGCUACUGCCAGAGAAGACUGCUAUAGCAGAGUGUGAUUUCCCAACUGAGAGAUUGGCAGUUGAAGAUGCUAAAAUCCAGCGGUGUUCUUACAGAAGGAAAUAUUUAUGAUGAAGAAAGAAGAAAUAUUUAUGAUUGAUGCAGAGUUAUGUUAU